AUGGUGAUGCUGCCCCUUCUCGUCUCUGGCCUGAUGGCCUCGGUUUCCGUAGCUGGUCCUAUGGAGAUAAGGGGCGUUGAGCAUCAUUGUGCUACCCGGAGUAUCAGCCCGGAGGAGCGCGAGCUAUUUACACGGCAGAGCAACCAGCCAGAUGAUGGACAGGAGAUCAACUUGGGCUGUGUUUUGCAUUUCUGCUGCAGCCAGGGAGGGGAAUGCCCUCCGGACUCGGUCGCUGAAAAGACCGUUGAAGACAUGAACGAGCUCUUCGCAGGUGGCAAAAUCAGGUUUAACCUGCAAAACGUUUCGCGUAUCAAUGAUCCACGCUGCACUGCCGGCGUGACUGAUAACAGGUCCAUGGACCAGUUGAAGUCCCAGGUCCAUCAAGGCAAUACGAGCACUCUCAAUGUUGUCUAUGUGCCGACAAACCAGGGCGCAGGAGUCAAGGGCAUGUGCGUCGUGCCGCAACCCGGAAUGGACAUUGCCGCGGGUAUCGGCGGCGCGGACGGAUGCGUCGUCGCCAUGGACACUCUGCCCAAGGACAAUGGUGGCAACGGCGGCAACGCCGACAACGGCGGCAAUGGUCGUCCAGGAGGAAAUACAGGAAAUGCAGGAGGUAGUGGACGGCCUGGAGGGCCAUUCAGUCGACUCUUCAGUCGCCAGGGCCUCGGCGGCGGCGAUGCCCACCUAAGCGGAGCGCUCAUCACAACUAUACAUGAGACCGGCCACUGGCUUGGCGAGAAUCAUGUAGGCGGCGGUUUUCAGGGGGGGUUCUCUAGACGUCAAGGCGGCGGUAGCACCGGAAACGUUAUGGAACCUGUGUCGAUGCCAAACAAGCAGUAUUCAUUCAGUCAAGAUCAAUUUCAACGGAUGCGUCGAAUGGCAUUUGCUCGUGUGAACGCCCAAAAAGCCCCUGUGGGUGACAAUAAUCGCCCUCCAUUCGGGAACGGAGGGGAUGGCGGUGACAAUACAGGCCGCCCGGGGAAGCCCGGGAGACCCACUCAGCCCGGCCCCAAUCCCGGCUCCAAUCCCGGCCCCGGCUCCGACCGUCCUGGUCAAAACCCGCAGCGUCCUUCUCAGCCUACGCCCUUACCCGGAGACGAUGGUCAAGACUUUCCCGGGGGCAACGGCUUCCCCGGAGGCAAUAACCCAGGCUUCCCCGGCGGCAAUAACCCAGGCUUCCCCGGCGGCAAUAACCCAGGCUUCCCCGGCGGCAAUAACCCAGGCUUCCCCGGCGGCAAUAACCCAGGCUUCCCCGGCGGCAAUAACCCAGGCUCCCCCGGCGGCAAUAACCCAGGCUUCCCCGGCGGCAAUAACCCAGGCUCCCCCGGCGGCAAUAACCCAGGCUUCCCCGGCGGCAACGACCCAGCUCCCGGAGGUAUUGACCCACAAGUCUGGGAAAUUAUUAAUCAGGUCUAUGGUGCUGACACUUCUGGCCUUGAAAUCCAUCGCAUCGGUGCCCGUGCUGAGCCAGAGGCCGAAGCCGACGAGUCCGGUCUGGUGCACAUUGCCCGGCGCGAGGGGACCGAGGGUGAGGCAGACGAGUCCGGGCUGGUUCACAUUGCCCGGCGGGAUGAUGCGGGGGAACCAGAUUUCUCCGGUUUGGUCCACAUUGCUCGCAAGUAG